CCCACGCCUCCCGCCGCCGCCAAUGGCGCCCGCACAAAGUGACCUUGGCCGCGCUCCGCCCCUUCCGCCGCCCGGCCUCGCCGCGCCUGCGCACAGCCGGCCCAGCCCUCCCGCCCGUCGGCCCGAGCGCGGCACCGCAGCGAGACGCCGGAUCCUGAGCCCCGGGACGCCGCCAGCUAAGAUGUUCGCCUGCGCCAAGCUCGCCACCUCGCCCUCCCUGAUCCGUGCUGGAUCAAGAGUCUUGUACAGACCAAUUUCGGCAUCUGUGUUGUCUAGGCCAGAGGUCAAGAAUGGAGAGGGCAAGUCAACAGUUAUCGGGGCCCAAAAUACUGUCUCCCAGCUAGCACUUAGGGAAUUCCAGACUAGUGCUAUCAGCAGGGACAUUGACACUGCUGCCAAAUUCAUUGGUGCUGGUGCAGCCACAGUAGGUGUGGCUGGUUCUGGUGCUGGAAUUGGAACAGUCUUCGGUAGUCUAAUCAUUGGUUAUGCCAGAAAUCCUUCUCUGAAGCAGCAGCUGUUCUCAUAUGCUAUCCUGGGAUUCGCCCUGUCUGAAGCUAUGGGUCUCUUCUGUCUGAUGGUUGCUUUCUUGAUCCUAUUUGCCAUGUGAAUGGAGAUCUGCCUGUAAUAUUGGCAUUGGAAUGUAACUGCAUUUUACGGGACUCCCAAAAUGUUGGUGUCAUGGAAAUUAAUGCUAUUUCCAAAGUCAUUUCAUUAAAGAUAACAACUUUAACUGUCAA